AUGUCUCUCACCCUGAUUGACAAAUUACACACCCAGGCGAAAAAGGCCUCACCGGAAGAUGUUGGAAAGAUCACUUCAGGCUUGUUGGACGUCUUCCAUGUUCCAGACAAGUCAGCGGAAAGCUUGGCACUUCUUAGACAGCUCUACUUUAUUCUUCAAGCAAAAGAUGCUGAUUCGAGCAUGCCAAAACAGCUGAUAAUUAGAAUGAUUGAGUCUGUGGUUGGUACAGAGAAAGGGAAAAUCAAAGAAUGCUUACUGUGUCAGAGGAUUCUACAAGAGUUACUUCCCCUCAGCAGUGACUAUGACUCACAUACAGCAAAGAUGAUGGAGAAAAUUCCAAGCGUUUUACAUUUACAGAUAUUUAAGGAUGUUGGGUGUAUUUCAAAGCUGAUCAACAAUGCCAUAAGAUGGCUUCAGACACAAGACUUGGAAUUUGAAGUGCAGCGUAAAGCUUUUACAUUCCUCAUUGGUGUAUCCAUUCUACAUUCCGAGCAGCUUGUUUCAGGAAAAGUUAAGAGUGUGAAUGACAGACUGGGUAGUUGGUUGAUGGAUGCCAGUCUGUUUCAAGCCCCAAACCCAUACUCCUCGAACCCCUUCAGGAAGGACCAAAACAACAUGGUGACUGAGGUGGAUGGGGCGCCUAGCAACAACUUCUUCACAGUUCUCAGCAUUGGCCAGUACUACACAGAUGACCAGCUGGCCAACAUAUUUUGUUUCUCCAUGCUAUAUCAGUGGAUACAGCACAGCUAUGAUUCGCUGUCCAUGCAAGAACCAGCAAUGUUAGAGGAAGGAAUCCAGUCUGAACUAGAAGUUAGUGGAGGAUUUGAGUUGUCUCAGCCAAGGUCAAUUGAUGCAAGGUCGAACACAAGUUCAAGGUCAGGUUCACCAACAAAACGUCCAGUAUCUAUGUCGGCAACGAUGGGCUGGGUUUCAAGUCCUAAAGCAAUUUCUGAGAAACAAGCUGUUCAGAGGGCAUCUUCAGUUGGUCCGGUAAAACAAUCCUCAUGGGUGCCAAGGGUGCCGACUCCUUCUAGUCAGUCAUCAAGGGAGUCAACCCCAGUUGGUUCACUGGGCUCCCUAUCUUCAGCAGGACCAAUGAGUCCAGAAAUAGAACAAAGGGAAAGAACUUUUUCAGAUUCUCAGAAAUCUUCGGCAUCAGAUUUAUCAAGACCAAUAUCUCCUACAAAGUCUCACAGAUCUGUUACACCGUCUACUGUUUUGCGAGCAAUUUCCUCGGCUUCUUCAAUAGAGGGAAGCUUUUCAGCACAGGAUGGACCGUAUGUGAUAAAGAAAGUUUUUGAGUCGUUGGUUGGAAGGACAAUAGACUACUGUUUCAGAUUACUGGACCAGUGUGAUAGAAAACCGAAGAAUUCAUCAGAUGCUGAUCUACAAAAUGCUUGUUUGCUAGAAACAGUCAAGCUGCUAGACCUAAUAUGUAAAAUAGACAAAGGACAGAUUCCAAAGACUUUCCGGGAACUGAAGCGACUGGUUACCAUGACAACACAUGAUAACAAUAAUCCCAGAUUACUCAUUGUGGUCCUACAAUUUCUCCUGAACCAUAGUAAAGCAGUAGCAUAUGAUCCCAGCGAAGAACUGAAGGUGCUGUUUCAUCGUGUUCUAGCACAUAACCUCAACACUGCCAGUGUGUGCUUCAACAUUAUCAUGUUUAUUCUGGACAACCUGGAGACACUGACACAUGAGCACAACAUUAUGUCUGCUUACUUCCCAAACAUAUUUAAGUUGCAAGCCUGGCAUCCUCACACAUUUGUGUCUGACUUUGAGGACAUUGUACCAGCUAUGAUGUCACAGGUGACAUCACUAGAGGUCUUUCAUGCACUCAUUGACCUUCCAUGUAUGAUCAUUGCCUUGGAGAUAAUGAAGAAGACAAAGCACAUGGAUUUUACUGCAGUUCCUGUUGUGACUGAUCUUGAACCUACAAGAGCCCUAGAUGCAUUUAAGAAUGCAAUGUUCCGCCCAAUGUUUAACUUCUUCACUCGAGCUGAAGGAGGGCAUGGUGAUACUAUAAAUAGACUGGAUAAGUUCCACACUGCUAUACAAGAUAUGAUGGAACACCCUAGAGUAUUGGUGUGUUACCAAGUUGUACCUGUUCUUCUCAGAUGUUGGUUUGAAGUGAUAUAUGAGGAGGGUGACCAGGACUUUGUACAGGAGUUAUUACCAGUGUUGAUAGAGAGGACUGGCUUACUGUAUGGCAUCCCUGAGUACCAGAAGGAUGUUAAGAGGAUUAUAUCAGAGAAUGUUAUACUACUGUUGAAGAAGUAUCCACAAGUUGUGUUGGUACAGAAGUCAGAGGUUAUGGAGUAUCUGUCCAGUACAAGGAAUAUCGAUGGCAGGGAAAACUUCUUCUCACAACUGGUAUGGGCGGUUGGAGAAUACACAUCUGCUACAUACAGUGCUAACUGUACUGCGGAGACUGUAGGACAGAUGUACGAGAUGUUAGAAUUACUCACAUAUGAAGUGAUUAGUAUCACGGGAUCUGUGCCGGCCUCACAGGCUCCAUACACUGUCAAACUGGUCUCUACACUCAUGUCUGCUAUGGCAAAGUUAGCGAGCAGAUGCCAGGAUUUGAUACCUCGGGCCAUUCUGUGUUUGACGAAGGUUGCUAAGCAACAUAAAUCUGACGUUUUGGACAAAGAGGAACAGGAAAUACUUCUUACUAGAGCUCAGGAGCUCAUUAACCUGUUAAAACUUCCAAAUUUUGCAUCUGUGAUACUGAAUCCACCUUCAGACCUGGAAACAAGUAGAUGUCAUCGUGAUAGAUCAUCAAUGUCAACCAUUCUUAGAGCAACACACAGAAUUGUGGCACCGACAUUAUAGCAGAAUGGAAUUGUGGCACCAACAUUUUAGCUACACAGAAUUGUGGCACCAACAACAUUUUAGCUACACAGAAUUGUGGCACCAACAUUUUAGCUACACAGAAUUGUGGCACCAACAUUUUAGCUACACAGAAUUGUGGCACCAACAUUUUAGCUACACAGAAUUGUGGCACCAACAUUUUAGCUACACAGAAUUGUGGCACCAACAUUGUAGCAGAAUGGAAUUGUGGCACCAACAUUUUAGCUACACAGAAUUGUGACACCAACAUUGUAGCAGCACAGAAUUGUUGCACCAACAUCCAGCAGUGUGGCCCUAACACUAAAGCAGCACAAAAUUUCAACACAGUAUUGUGACCAUUUAAAAGAAACACUUCCGACAUUAUAGCAGGGUAACUGUAUUAGUUUGGUUGGUUUGGUUGAUCUCGCUCAUGGAUUUGUUUAAAUCUAGUGUUCCUGAACUCUGGACAAGCUUCAACUUGUACCACAAGAACUAGAGGCUGUAGACACAGCGUCUAUAGUCAAAUUUUCAUGGAAACAUUGUUUUGUCCAGUGAUCAAAUAUGUCACCUAAUUUGAUUCAUAGUCUUGGUAUCCACAUACUAAGUUAACUAAUACUGUUUUUCAAGUGAAGGGUAUGUGCAAUUUAUUUUUUAUAAAAUCUGUUAAGAAGAUAGAUAUAAAGCAUAUUUGAUAUGUUUGUAAGUUUAUGUUUAAAUAAAUGAAAUACAUGUA